CUGAGUAUACCUUUUAUAAACAAACAUAAUUAUAGCAAUAGUUCUAAAUGUUGCCGCACGUUUGGACAUGUUUCCAAGUUCAUUAUGGACGUUGAAUUUUUAAGACAUAAAUAUGAAGACCGACACGACGGUGUCAUCACAAAAGCGAAGUUUAAGCUUGGGGUUCGUCACAUUCAAGUGGUCUACAUGUUCGUCUGUUCGUUCGCGAUGGGGGCGUUAAGGAGUAGCAACAGCAUCGCGAUCCUUUCUGUAGCGCAACAAAGCAGAAACAAUGGUUCAUACUUACAGAAUCACAAUUGGGACAAAAGAAUUCAAGGCACUGUUCUCUCAUCAUUCUUGGUCGGAUACGCCUCAGCGAUGCUUCCAGCUGAGUUAUAUCUGAAGGAAGUUGAUGAUAAAUUUAUAAUGGCAGCCGUGCUUCUCAUUAACGGAGGACUGACGGCAGCUAUGCCAACUAUUGUUAAAAAGGGUGGAUGGAUCGCUGUUAGCAACGGAGAAUUCUUGAUGGGUAUAACUCAAGCCUGUCUGAGUCCAGUGAAUCUUAAUCUUAUUUCCAAAUGGCUUCCGCCCAGCGAGAGGUCACUGUGUGGAUUUUUAAUUCAAGGAGCAAUAAUUCUAGGCACCAUAAUUGCAUUGCCUGUGUCAGGUAUAAUUUCGGAAUCACGCUUGGGUUGGGAACUCAUAUUUUAUUCUCAGGCCAUGAUGACGCUGUCGACAGCCACGUUAUGGGUGUUACUGACUUCUAGUACACCAGAGACUCACCACGCUAUAGGAGAUACUGAAAAAGAGUAUAUUAGACGCUCCCUGUCAUGUUACCGACAGAAUAAACUACAUAAACCUUGGCGAAAUAUCCUUCAAACAAAACAAUUUUGGGCAAUUGCAUCGGCUCAUACCGCAGCAAACGUGCUCUACGUUUUCUUUUUAGUCGAAUUAUCCUCGUUUCUCGUUUCAAUGGAUUUAUCUAUUAAGAACUCCGGUUCACAAACAGCUCUACCUUUUGUGGGGAUGUGGGUGGUUUAUCUUCUGACUUCGCCUACAAUAGAAUUAAUUUAUGGUAUCGGAAAUGUUAACUACUUGUUCGACGUCAAAUAUUUCAGGAAAAUAGUUAAUGGAUUCGGAUCCCUUGGGAUAGUAAUCGGAUUACUAACUCUACCCUAUUUGGUUCCGUCGUGGAAUCAUCUAGGGCUCAUAACAUUGGUCGGAACUUUUUCAUUACUUGGGAUUCAAUAUUCCGGUUUUCUUGAAAAUCACAAAGAUAUGACACAGAAUUACUCGAACACUUUACUUGUGCUGAGCAACAUAGUCUCUAGUGCUGUAGCAGCUCUCGUUCCUGUGCUCACUGCAGCUAUCGUCAACGUUGACGAGGGUGAUUUAAAUCGCUGGAAACUUAUAUUUCGCUUGCUCGCUGGUUUCUAUGUUAUUUGCAAUGUCGUCUACACUUUGUGCGCAAACAGCGACAGGCAAGAAUGGGACAGAAGCGCUAAAACAAAGUUCGGAUAUUGCAACGCCUUAACUAACUUGGAAUUGGACGAGAUCAAUCAAACUACUAGACUGGACUGUCAGAGAGAAGAUGAUACAUCAGUGUAAUUUUUUAUAUUUAAAUUAUCAGAAUUACGCACAAAAUAUAAAGUAUGAUACUAAUGUUUAUUUCAUAUUUACAUACAUUUUGAGACCCUUACCCUUAAUUCUUUCCCUUAUAUUGAAUGGUAUUUAUCCAGUUAUUGUAUAGUGUAUUUUUAUGGAAACAUUAAUUAUAGUCUAAAAGCGUUGUGAAAUAAAACUACGCCAGCGGUUUAAAAAACCUUUUUGUGUUUAACGCUUACUUAACCUUUAAAGCUUUUACACAAGAUUGCUUACUAAAAUGGAAUUUAAAUUUGUAGACUAAUGAAGGAUCCGAAUAUAAGAUUA